AUGUCGGCCAACUCUUCUCAGACUCCAAUACGGAGUCAGCCUUUACGUUGGCAACCAAUCAUUACAACACAGACACACCUACCGACUACUGCUACAGCGUCUUCUGCUCCUGCUCCUCCAACACCCUCACUUCCCUUAUUCCCGAAUGCCUUGCAUGCAACACCUUUUACAGCCACACCUGCUGCCAAUGGUGCUAUCUCCGUACAACCGUCGGUUGAGGAUACGCCAGCCACUCAGAGUUACUCAACACCGGGCAGUCAACCCCCACGAAGGCGCGCCAAAAAGAUGACGACUGCCUGUUUAGUCAAGCUCAUAAGGACAUGCAUACGAUUUAAGGGCUCCUGCAUCUCACAACGUGGAAGCAAGCGUUUCUGGACACUCAUUGCUGAUCACUUCUGCCUUGAAACUGGACGAGACGCAUUCAACUGGCAGACGGCUCAGAAAAGGGUGUUGCAGCUGACUGACGAGCACCGUAUAUGGCUCAGUGAGAGAAAAUCUGGAGAGGAAUACAAUGGCAGUCCAAGCCUCUGUGAUGCGCUAGAUGAAUGGAUUUCACAUCUCGAUAGUAUCAAGGCUAUGGAGGAGGCUCGAGACAACCUCGUGGCUAGCUGGCCCCAGAAGCGAACCGCCGAAUCACCAAUUUCCUCCGAUACCGAGCCAUCUGGUCCUCAGUCACAAUCAAAACGCCAAAGGAAAGAUGAUGAAUCCCCUUCCGUGAUCGGUCAUAGUCUUGAUGAACUCUUCCAAGUGAUGACAAACCAGCUCCGUGAGGAAAGCGAGCUGCAAUCUAAAUUCACAGACAUUGAGCGAGUGUUGGAUGAUAUCGAGAAUAUGAAAAAAGAUAUCAGUCUCAUAAAGAAUCGCGUGGAGGAAUUCACGCGACGAUUAACAAAACUAGAUGUGCUGGAUCAGGUAUUGGACCGUCUUAAGCAUCGAUAA